AUGACCGCCGCCCUUCAGUGGCUGAAGAUGAAGCUCCGCACUCCGAUCGUUGAUAACUUGAUAUUCCUGGGCGAUUAUACGCUGUUCUACGAGUGGCCGGGGAGUGGCAUGGAGCCCAUUGUUCGUGCGGAUCAGGUCCAGUAUGGGUUCUGGGGGCUGAGGAGUGCGGUUGCGAGGGCGGCUACGCGGAUCAUCGCGGCGAAUAAGGCUACAGACGACACCAUCACCAUAAUCCAGUUGCUCGACAAGGGCGGACACUACCCGUAUCUCCUGGACAAAUGCUACCUGUUUCUCGAAAGGCUGAGCAUUGAAGUCACAUACGGACUCUAUGUGCUGAUAUACCAUCAUGGGAGUGGUGCUGACGAGGACCAGUUUGGAGCGCUGAGAGCGAAGACGUCCUUCUAUGCUAAGUGGAUUAGGGACAAUCAGUCGGAUGAGCUCGCGGCGAGGCGACUGCAAGGUAGUUCAGGCCCAGAACAGUCGUGA